AUGGAUUCGAAUUGGUUUACUGCACUUUUUGAUGACCAUUAUGAAAAUGUUAUGAAUAAUGUUGGUCGAUAUGUGUCGGAUGGGUUUGCUGGUACAAGUUCAGUAAGUGGUGUUGGAGGUAGUGUCGGUGAUAGUUAUGGGAACUAUAACAGUGAGGUUCAGGACAACGACCUAAAUCAACAGGAUGACAAUGACGGUGGCGACUUAUUCUGGCAUAGAGAGUGUGAUCGAACUAAAUUAGUCAUAUGCACUGCUGGAGCACUGACGAUGUAUUACAAUACGUUAAAACCGUCUAGACGGAUGAGUGUUAUUGAGAAAGUAGGCAUGUUUCUCUACACUUUAGCUCUAGGUGCUUCAAAUAGGGAGGUGCAGGAGCGUUUUCAUCAUUCAGGUGAAACAAUUUCCAGAAAUUUCAAAGAGGUUCUUCGUUCUGUGUGCUUGCUAGCAGCUGAUUUCAUCAGACUAGUAGAUCCGAAAUUCACAACAACACCAUUGGAAAUUGAAAUGAAUCCAAGAUACAUGCCAUAUUUCAAGAAUUGCAUUGGAGCGAUUGAUGGAACACAUGUACGUGCAUGUGUUUCACAAGAAAUUCAAAUACCAUUUAUUGGUAGAAACGGUAUACCGACGCAAAAUAUAAUGGCAGCAUGUAGCUUUAACAUGCAAUUUACAUUUGUUUGGGCUGGGUGGGAAGGUAGUGCUCACAAUACAAGAAUAUUUUAUGAGGCGAUUGGAAAUACAAACAUACAAUUUCCGCGGCCACCGGAAGGGAAGUAUUAUCUCGUUGAUUCGGGAUAUCCGAAUGAAUACGGUUACUUGGGUCCAUAUAGAGGGGAGAGAUAUCAUCUUCCAGAAUUUCAUCGACGAGGACAACCGCGAAGUCGGGAGGAACUAUUCAACCGAGUCCAUUCAUCAUUACGAUGUGUUAUCGAAUGUACAUUUGGAGUUUGGAAGAAAAGAUGGCGAAUCUUGCAAACCAUGCCUGAGUUUCCUUACAAAUCACAGGUUAAAAUUGUUGUCGCAUCAAUGGCGCUGCACAACUAUAUUCGACGGAAGUCAGGCCAAGAUGUUGCAUUCAACAAGUUUGAUAGCCAUCCUGAUUUCGUUCCUCCAGAUACUUUUCCCGAUGUCGUUCCACAAUCACAAACAACUGGACACCAGAGUGCGUCGCGUAUGGAUUAUAUUCGUGAUGGUAUUACAAAUAGUUUGAUGGGGCAAUAA